GGCAAGAGUAAGAAAGCGAGGGAGCAAUACUGACUGGCAGGCAGACUGGCCGGCCGCGCUGUAGUUCGCAGAGCACUCCCAGCGAAUCGGCAGCAGAUGUGGCCAGUUAGCUCGGUGCUGUAUGCUCGUCCGGAUCUCGGAGUGCCGUGGAUUUUGAUGCACCGACCGAAUCCGCAGUCGACAACAGCGACAACGAUCAGUUCACGAGCGUGACCCUCGCCGCGCGACGAGGGUUGAAAGAGAUGCGAACGUAAACCGCUUCGAGGCCGGUGACAAGUCGUUGCGAAACGGAGAAACUCGUAGCGGAGGGCAUUGACGUAGUUACGAAAAGGUGACACGGGGUAAUAAGGACGGUGUCGAGGACGAUUACCGGAGGAAGAAGAGGAAAAGGAAUCGAAUGGAACAGUCGGUCCCGCGCCAGAUCCAAGAACGCAGUGACCGUCGUACCUGUCCGUCGGUGGCCGAAGACUUGCCCGAUCGAGACUCGGUAGUAGUGAUGUGGCAACGUUGCUGGUGGCUCGCGAGCGGAGGAGUCAGUCGUCGUUCGACUGUUCUGUCGUAGUCCGUGUCUGACAGUGCAGUGUCGCUGCCAAUAUAACCGCGAGGGCCCGUCAGGGCCCACGAGCAGCGCGAAUACACCGCGGUGUCACGAUGACAUAUUUAAGAAGAUCGCGUACGAGCAGCACGAGCAUCGCAGAGACACGUACGUUGCUGCUACGAUAGCGCGUUCGUAUCCGUCGGGCUCGAUAUCGUUGUUAAAUAGCCCAUGGGAGAGGAGAGAGUUGGUUCGCUCGUGAGAGCAGUAACAGUGUCGAAGCGUAUAAUCGUCGCGCGGUUGUGUCCAUUUUCCGAGCUUUUGCAUCGUAAACAGUUCCUAAAGUGCCGCGCGUUCUACGCGUAUAUCUCGCGAACGUCGAGAAACGAAUGAGUGCGUGAAUCGUGACAACACGUCGUGUCGGAGUGUGUACGACGAGAGAGAGAAUCUCUUGGUCUCUUUCGCUCUUCCCUGGUCGGACUUUACGCCGUCGUACGCGCUUCACCCCCCUCCCCUCGUGCGGUUGUUCCUUUCUCCUUCUCCCUCGCUCUAAGGCCCAUUUAUCUAUCCCGUAUCGGCCGUACGUCUGCCUCUCGCAGCCUACCAACAUUCCGUCUGUGUGUGCGCCUGGUAGUUUUCACUGGCGCGACACGGCACGCGCGCACGCCGCACCACCACACGACCACACGACGACACGUAAACGGAACCGAUUGUCGGAGAGACGAGAACACAGGAGUGUCAAAGAUCCGAGGAAAAAUCACGGGCAUGGGAACAGUGUGUGCCGUGGACUGAAAAACAGUGCGCGACCGACCGGUUGUCCCGUCCGUUCGCGGUGGAUAUCUUUUGCUCGCUCGCUCGCUUGCAUUUCAUCCGGUGUGCCUGUGUGUCCCUUUACCGAAGGAGGAAGAGAGGUUAGGUUAGGCUAGGACUCGCGUCACCCCCGGCACCUAUAUCCGUCCUUGUCUCGCACGCUCUCACUCCUCUUCCCCCCUCUUUCUCUGACAUACACGAAGAGGAACGCAGCAGCACGAGAGACCGACCGACUACCACACGCAGGACAAUCGGUGAAAGAGAAGGAAAACACAAAUGCCGAUCGCCGGUGGAAUUCUGGUCGCUGGAACCGCGGCUCAUUGCCUGUCUUCCGCCGCUGGCAUGCUUCGAUUCCUCGCUAGACUUUCAGGGAGGCGGCGGCACGUGCGUCGGAGCUCCGGCGGGCCAGGUGGUGGAGCUCGUGCCGUUGAAGAAACAGAAGAGGUCGCGGGGGUGGGAGGUUUAGGCGACGUCGGCGCCGAAGGAAGGGGAGUAGGAGGAUGCGAAGCGGUAGGAGCGACCGUAAUCGAGGAGGUUAGUUCACCGGUGGCGGAUGGCGAGGUCUGCUGCAGCGACAGCAGUACCACCAACUACCACCACCGACGUCACCAUCACCUCCAUCAUAUACACCGUCGCCAUAGUCAUCGUCACCAGCAGCGUCGCCGAUGUCACCAACGAAGGGACGGCGUAGCAGCGGCUAGCGACGAGCUCGUCGUCGACGAGGAAGCCGACGAUGAGGCUACGUGUAAGGGCCAGCCUGCCGACGCUCGUCAUCGGGACAUCCACGAGCUACGUCAUCUUCAUCAUCAUCACCACCAUCACCUGCGUCACCUUCACCAACGGCUGCGGGACGACAGACCUCCUUGCGAUCGGAACGACGACGACCGCGCCGUCGAUCGCAUCGUGCGAACCACCGACCGUCACGCGGAUGGUACCACCGCCACCGACAACCCUGCCACCGUCACUGCCAUGACGAGAGGAUGCAGGAUCCCACCCUACCUCGCCACUCUGCUCAUCCUCUCUUACACUCUCUUCGGUAUAGCAGACGCCUGUUCAUCGCGGUCGACGCCGAAGCCACGGCCACCGACGCCGACGCCUCGACCAAAUAUCACAUUCCACAUGUACACGUGUCCACCGGAUUAUGCGGAAUGGUACUGCCUGAACGGUGCCACAUGUUUCACUGUCAAAAUCGUCGAUUCCCUCCUUUAUAAUUGUUUAUGCGCCAACGGUUAUAUCGGGCAGAGAUGCGAGUUCAAGGAUUUAGAUGGUUCCUAUUUACCUUCCCGGCAACGUGUAAUGUUGGAGACAGCCAGCAUCGCCGGCGGUGCCACGAUAGCAGUAUUCCUCGUCGUUAUCAUUUGCAUAGCGGCUUACAUCCACUGUAAGCGAAAGCAAAAGGAAUUGCGGUCGAGUAACUGCGUCGACACGGUGGAUGGUCCUGGCCGAGAUCCGGAGCUGAGGCCGUUUAGCAACCGCAGCCGCUCCCUCAUGAUCUUCAUGACCAAGAAUCCUAACAGCUCGGCGGCGAUAGAGCAAACAAGAAUGCCCGGAUGGAACUGCCCGGAAGCGGAGUCGAUGAGAAUGGCGUCCAUCAGCGAGGGCAAACGUUCGAAUCAAUAGUAGCCAAUCUCGUGCCUAAUUCCACGACACGAAACCCGAGGCGUCUAGGCCGUGGGAUCGUCGACGAACCGCGCGAGACGCGUCGUCGACGGGAAUGGAUCACGAUACUCUCAUCAUCCAGCUUUCAGUCUCCGUCCAUGGGGCCAUGUUUCGCGGCGGCGUACGAAGGAAAAAAGGAAAUAUUAUCGACGGUCGAACCGCGUGUAUCGUCUUUGUUCCGUACCUGUCGCGUCUUGCGUUCGCGAGGAGUCGAGACGUCGAGACGCGGACCGGAUCCAAAAAGAAUCGUCGAUCGUCGGCCAGCGACGCAUCGAAUGAAGCGAACGAGAUAUCGAAUCGAUACCGUGGAUCGGGAGAUUCCCGUGGAGACCGAUGAUCCCGCGAGAAACAGCGGGAGAGCAACGUAGGAUUAAAAAGGAAGUACGUAGCUUAACUUUAAAUAGCUGGACCUUUCGGAAGAACAAAGGACGAAGAUGGUGGAAGAAAGGGAAGCUUAAAAAUAAAGCUCGCCGAUCUGGGCGAAACUCGAUAGAGAAAGAGAGAAAGAGAGAGUAUUAGAGAAAACACCGUAAAUAAUUGUUCCUAUCCGACGAAACGAAUAGUUUAGACCAGACAAUAAUAAUCAGAAAAUAAUCAGUAUAAAAAUCAGUGGAAGUCAGUUGUUGGGGAAAAAAUCCUACGAGUCGCGUAGCCGAAACGUUUCUUUUCGCGAAAUCGUUUUCCAAUUUGUUUUUCUUUUGUUGGUUUUUCUUCUUCUACCGAUCGUCGAAAGUUCCGAGUUCGGCGCAAGUUCCUCAACGCGAAUCAUCGCCACUCAAACGCAAAAAAUAGAACGAUUCGCGCGUCGAAAAUACUAGAGAUACAGGGCGCUCUCGAAGCUUCCGAAUCGCCGAACGCGUUCGUUGCCGCGCUUUUCGCGAGAAUCAAGAACCCCAAGAGAACACCAAGGUUCCGCCGUCUCGGAAGUUCCGGUUUAAAUCGCUGGUGAACGAUUAUCACGAAUUUCUGUUUAUUUCAGAGACGCAGACACGAGGCUUGCUCGCAAGCAGUUUCACUUGUAAAUGUGUGUAUAACGCGUACUGUCCAUUCAAUACAGACGUUAUUUAUUUAUUUCAGUCCUACGUGUUAAGGUAUACGUAUUUUCGUCCGUUUCGUUCGCACAAUGCACCGCAGCCGGUCGAAACUAAUUAGAGCGAUCCUGUCGAUUAACUUUAAAUUAUUGCGCGUGUUAACGCCGCUCAAAAGAGUCAGAGGAUCGAGCGGCGAAUUGUAAAAUCGUUUAAUUUCGUCCGAAAGCUUUCGUUUGUUCCCCCGGUCGCGCUAGAUCUUCUAAUUAUUUUGAGCAUCGAUUGUACAGGUUUGAUUCUCGAAAUAAGUCGAACGCUUUAAUUGUUUCGAACGGCGGUGCGAUUUAGCGAGAUCGCGUAUCGAGAGUACGGAAAAGACGCUCGAUGCGUGGUCCUCCGUGUGUGGUCCGUGCGGCGCGGGAAACAAGAGCCUCGGUACGGUGUUCGUUAACUAUUAAUCGGUUAAAUUCUAAUGGCGGAAAACGGGGGAAACGAUCGGUGGCGUGGUCGCUUCGAGAAGCGGUCCCGCGCGAGCUGAUCCCGCCCGCUCGCCCUUCGCUUGUAAAUAGUAAAUUAUCCGUGCAAGGGCCGCGACCGUUCGAUUCGUUCUCCGUUGAAUUUAUCUGACGAGUAAUUAUCCCGUUUGUAGCGGACAAACUACAAUCAUGACGCUCUCGUUAAGCUCUCGUGUGUGACGCCUGUUAAGUGUGUUCAGUGUGACGUUCGACGACAAAUAAAUUUAUCGGGAGACGAGUCGACCGGGUGACAGGGUUGAUCGCUCGCGCGACGGGACGCGUCGCGACGCGGAAGCCGACGAAAAUAACCGCGCGCGAUCUCGCGAGUUUCGAAAGACACCGAACGCGAGAUGUUCCUCGCGCCACGCCGCCGACGCCGACGUCGACGCCGACGCCGUCUCGAGGAUAGAGGAGAGGCGCGAGCGAUAAUCUUCUCGUCGUUCGUACUCCGACGCACUCGAGAGAAUCUAUCUGUAUUCGACGGCGAUUUGUAUAUUUGUAGAUACCGCGGAGUGAAAGAGAAGCUUCCAAACGCUCUAUGCAUCGUCUUGCUCCUCUUGUGUCCAACGCGUCGCGAUCGGUACGACCGCGCUUAUGGUUUCGCGUCGUUUCGUCGGUCGUUCCCUCCCGGGUUUUACAAUGGGAAAAUUGGAAUCCUGAAGAAGCCGAGAUUCGACGGCGGGACGAGACGAGUCGCGACAAAAGAGGAGCGUGGCCUAAGAGAGAAGAGUGUUUCACGGGGACGAAGCCCGAAUAAUUUAUAAAUAGUCCUAAUUAACGUGGAGAAACCGCGUGAUUCUAAUUUAAUUCCUCACCCCCUUCGAAAACACCCCCCCGACCCACCCCCUCACGUCGUACGUCUCAUACUUUGUACUUGGUUCCUAAUUUAUUCUUAUUUUCGUAAUUAUUAAUUGUCACGAUUUAACUAUUAUUACUAAUCACGAUCAUUAGUUACGAUCGAACAAUUUAUUCAUUUUUAUUAUUACUAUCGAUCGUUCGAUUAAUCAAUUAAUUCCUAAUAACUAGCUCGCGUAUUUGGUUAACGAUACGUUUUAAGGACACGAUUUAUUAUUUAUGGAAAUAAAAAACAAAAAAAAUGAGAAAGAAAGUAAAAAACGGAAAGAAGCACGCAAUAUACGACGCGAGUGCCCGGCGAGCUGAACCGCGAUCGAAGGAGGCAUCGGAGGCAUCCUGUGUUGUUCUCCAAAUUGGAAAAGCCAUUAUCCGGUAAAAAAAAAAAUAAAAGAGAGAGAAAGAAAAACGAUCUUCCUUGCGGCGGCGCGGCAAAAUGCAAAACGAAUUCGUACGAUUCGUCGAACGAAGCUUGUCCGGGGGGAUCUAACGUGUUCGAGUAAUUGUUGCCGAUCGAUGAUCGUCGAUUUACCUUUAUACUUUCGGAAACGAGCCGAUCGGUUCGCAAAUUACGAGAAAAAACUUCACCGUGAACCGACAAUUACUCGAACGCGAGCAGCGGAUGGCCGAUCGCUGAAAUUUCGCAGAGCGAUCGAAGGAAGAUCGUGGGUGAACCGACGAUCGUCGGCUGGUAGCGUAAAAUAUCGUCGUCGCGAACGAGCGAUUGCCCGAGACACGACCGUCCCUGGACUCCGUUUCUUCAAUUCCCGUUAACCGAUCCCUCGGAACAGAUCCGCCCGCGUUUCUCUUUACUUUGGAAAUCGUUAUUCGUUCACCGCGGAUCGUUGGUCGAGUGCAAUGGCUCGGGCUCUCGAUACGACGAUAUAUCGUUUAAGCGUGCAGACAAGUGGUGGCAUUUUAGUACAUCAGACAGCGCCGUAGCCGUGUUAUCGCGAAGAUCAAGACGAAGAAGAGUACCGAGGAGAGGGAAGGAGAGAAAGAGAGAGAGAGAGAGAAAAAAAAAAUCGGUUGGUUCAGAGACGAAAGAAAUUCAAACAAUUUUCUUUGGUACGCGUCACACGCCGAGUAGAACUGUCUUUGAAAGAAAUUUUGGGGGUUUGUGCGUGUGGGGUUGGCUGUACCGGUCGAUCGAAACGACUCGUGGACGUCGGAACCGUUAAAUUCGCGACGGGCUCGUUUCGUCGUACCGAUCGACUCCGUUCGACGAUGUUUAUCUACCCUUUCUUGGUUUGCCUCUUUGCGUUCCCGAAUAUCUCUGUCUUCUUCUUCUUGUUGUUUUCAUUUUGCAUUUUCCUUUUUUAAUUUCCGGACGGAAAUCUUCGCGCCCAAAGACACGCGGAAGGUUUCCAGACGAAAUUUCUUUCGUGAAUUGCGUGCGCUUUAAAAUGACGGCGGAUGGUAGGUACCCCCGUCCGACAUACCAAAUCCGUACUCUAUCGCGCGGUAUGCUGUUCGUUGUAAAUGUACCAAAGACAAUGUCGAUUAACUGACAAAUAAGUAGUUUAUUUAAUGAAAAAGAUGUGAAAACGGAGAACCGUGAGAGAAAGAGGCGCGCUCGCCCGCGUACGCUCUUUAGAAAGGGCAAGAACGAUUAAAUGCGGGACACAUAUAUGUAUAUAUAAAUAUAAAUACGUGUAUGUAUAUUUAUAUAUAUGUAUAUACAUUAUAUACGAAAGUUAUCUAUCCAAAGGAAGCUGCUAAAGUGUCAUUUAGCUAGACGAGAUUGAUCACUGGAUCCGCAAUGUUGCAUCGAAACAUUGUUAUUAUUUUUGUAAAGAAAACCAUGUACAUGUAUUAACUUAGCGUGCUCUGCGUAU